AUGUCUGAAAGUAACGAUAAAGAGGAGGCUUCGGAUGAUAAGAAAACUUCUUUAUUAGAAGAAUUAGAAGAUAACACAUUAGAACCAGUUUCUAACGAUGAAGUUAAUCAUAUCAUUUCUAACCAGAUAUUAAACGAUUCUCAAUUUUAUUGCAACAUUAUCAGGUUUUGGCAAUAA